AGCAUUCAACCAAAUACUGUGUGUUGAGUCAAAAAUCAAACACUAAAUACUUUAAGUUACUUUCAUGGGCUGUUUUCCUCCAUCCAUCACAUAAUGAACAGGAGAGACAUUUACUGGAGAAAGGAACAAAAGAAUCUUCAUCUCUGCAAAUAGACCGAUAUAUGAUCAGCGAUGCGGGUGGAUUUCCCAGCAACAUCCCCGCUCAAGAAUGGGUUGGUCUCUCUGACACUCUAUGCAUAAUGUCUGCUGAUUUUAUCAACUCAGGGAAGAGCAUUUCAAAAUAUUUUUUGACAAAAGAGGCAAUUGACGAAACUAGUGGAAAUUCCAAAGCUUGACACUUUAACAACAUCUACCUUGCCCCAUGAAGAGCGCUUCAGAAACCAACUGAAGAAAUGAAGUUUCAUCUGAAGUUUUACUUGCACUACCUGGUUCUACUGGGUUUCAGCGGUGUAAUUUCAAUCUAUGGCCCACACCAGAGGGCCCAGAAGACUGGGGACAUACUGCUAGGGGGGCUUUUCCCAAUACACUUUGGAGUGGCAUCCAAAGACCAGGAUCUUGCAGCGAGGCCAAUGUCAACUGAGUGUGUCAGAUAUAAUUUUCGUGGAUUCCGCUGGCUGCAAUCUAUGAUCUUUGCUAUAGAGGAAAUCAACAACAGCUCUACUCUUCUUCCAAACAUCACACUUGGCUACCGUAUAUUUGACACAUGUAACACUGUCUCGAAAGGCCUGGAGGCGUCGCUAAGCUUUGUUGCACAGAAUAAGAUUGAUUCAAUCAACUUGGAUGAAUUCUGUAACUGCACAGGGAACAUCCCAUCAACCAUUGCAGUGGUUGGGGCAUCUGGAUCUGCAGUCUCUACAGCAGUGGCUGACCUUCUGGGCCUCUUCUACAUUCCUCAGAUCAGCUAUGCUUCAUCCAGUCGACUUCUGAGCAACAAAAAUCAGUACAAAUCCUUCAUGAGAACUAUCCCCACAGAUGAGUAUCAGGCUAUUGCUAUGGCUGCUGUCAUUGACCACUUCCAGUGGAACUGGGUGAUUGCUAUUGCCUCUGAUGAUGAAUAUGGCCGUCCGGGUAUUGAAAAGUUUGAAAACGAAAUGUUUCAUAGGGACAUCUGCAUUGAUCUUAAUGUUUUAAUUUCACAAUACAUUGAUGAAGCAGAGAUUCGACGCCUAGUGGACCGCAUUGAAAACUCAACUGCUAAAGUCAUUGCCGUGUUUGCUAGUGGACCAGAUAUCGAGCCACUUAUUAAAGAGAUGGUGAAGCGAAAUGUUACAGACCGUAUCUGGUUGGCAAGUGAGGCAUGGGCCAGCUCUAGCCUGGUUGCUAAGCCAGAGUACCUUGAUGUCAUGGGAGGAACUAUUGGCUUUGCACUGAGAGCUGGUCAUAUACCGGGUUUUAAAGAGUUCUUACAGCAAGUGCACCCAAAGAAGUCCAGCCACAAUGAGUUUGUGAGAGAAUUUUGGGAGGAGACUUUUAACUGUUAUCUAAAAGAUAGUCCAAGAAAUGAGGACAGUGAAAAUGGAAGUACAAGUUUCAGACCACUGUGCACUGGUGAAGAAGAUAUUGCAAGUGUGGAGACACCGUACCUGGACUACACACACUUAAGGAUUUCUUAUAACGUGUAUGUGGCUGUUUAUGCCAUAGCACAGGCACUUCAGGACAUACUAACCUGCACACCUGGAAAAGGAUUGUUUGCUAAUGGUUCUUGUGCAGACAUUAGGAAAGUUGAAGCUUGGCAGGUUCUGAAACAACUGAGACACCUCAACUUUAUAAACAGCAUACGGGAGAAGGUGUGCUUUGACAAUGGCAGUGAGCUCUCAGCAAAUUAUACGAUCAUAAACUGGCAUCGAUCACCUGAGGAUGGUUCUGUUGUAUUUAAGGAGGUUGGUUAUUACAGCAUACAUAACAAGAAUGGGGCCCAACUUUCCAUUGACAAGACUGAGAUACUGUGGAACGGCCAUCUAACUGAGGUACCAUUUUCCAACUGUAGUGAGGAAUGUGAACCUGGAACCAGAAAAGGGAUUAUUGAUGGCAAGCCUACAUGCUGCUUCGAGUGUACAGAGUGCUCGGAUGGGGAGUUCAGUGACCAUAAAGAUGCCAGUGUUUGCUCUAAAUGCCCAAAUAACUCCUGGUCUAAUGGCAAUCACACAUCCUGCUUUCUGAAGGAGAUUGAGUUUCUGUCCUGGACUGAACCGUUUGGGAUUGCUUUGGCCUUAUUUGCAGUUCUUGGGAUUCUGUUAACAGCUUUUGUUUUAGGUGUUUUUGUGCAAUUCCGUGAUACCCCAAUUGUGAAAGCAUCGAACCGAGAGCUGUCAUUUAUUUUGCUUUUUUCACUCAUCUGUUGUUUCUCUAGCUCUCUUAUAUUCAUAGGUGAACCACAAGACUGGACGUGCCGUGUUCGGCAACCAGCUUUUGGAAUCAGCUUUGUUUUAUGCAUCUCUUGCAUUCUAAUUAAAACCAAUCGUGUCCUACUGGUAUUUGAAGCCAAAAUCCCCACCAGUCUCCACCGUAAAUGGUGGGGACUGAACCUGCAGUUCUUACUGGUGUUCCUGUUCACAUUUGUGCAAGUGAUGAUCUGUGUGGUUUGGUUGUACAAUGCCCCACCAGGGAGUUACAAGAACUAUGACAUUGAUGAGAUCAUCUUUAUCACCUGUAACGAGGGCUCCAUGAUGGCAUUGGGGUUCCUUAUCGGGUAUACAUGCCUGCUGGCAGCUAUUUGUUUCUUCUUUGCAUUCAAGUCUCGGAAACUUCCUGAAAACUUCACAGAGGCCAAGUUCAUAACAUUUAGCAUGCUGAUUUUUUUCAUUGUUUGGAUUUCCUUCAUCCCCGCAUACUUCAGCACGUAUGGCAAAUUUGUCUCAGCGGUUGAGGUCAUUGCCAUUCUGGCCUCCAGCUUUAGUUUACUAGCCUGUAUCUUUUUCAACAAGGUGUACAUCAUUCUCCUAAAACCAUCCAGGAACACAAUUGAGGAGGUGCGCUGUAGCACAGCAGCUCAUUCUUUCAAAGCAGCAGCUAAAGCAACACUACGACACAGUUCUGCCUCCAGGAAGAGGUCAAGCAGUGUGGGUGGGUCCUCUGCCUCCUCGCCCGCUUCCUCAGUCAGCAUGAAGACCAAUGGGAAUGAAACUGAGUCCUCCUCUACACGGAGACAUAACCAGAAACCAAGGGUGAGCUUUGGAAGUGGAACAGUCAGUCUCUCCUUAAGCUUUGAGGAAGCUAGAAAGAACUCGGUCAAAUGAGUGCACAAACUGGUUUGUGAAUAUUUGUACUUCCACUGUAAUGUAAAUCUUGUUUUUGAUUUAAAGCAUAUGGUUGGUUUUGGCGUCAUGGUGGAUGUAUCACAUUUCCAUUAUUUUCUCCAAAGCAACCUCCACUGAAUAUGAGAACAGCCAGAAUCCCUCCCAGUGUUCAGGCACAGACUAAUCUCUAUCAACAAAACUUAGACCUGCUAUAACUCAUACGAGAGUCAUUUGUAUGCGAGCCAUUUCUUUACCACAUUUCUUUGCCACAGCAUUCAUUUAUGUCAUUCUGUUGAAGGCAUCUGCAAAAUGCCUUAAAUGUAACACACAAUCAGAUAAA